CGCCGAGUCCCAGAAAAACAGAGCGGGGCCAACUGCAGCGUGUAGUGCGAGUGGGGCAGGACGCGCGCCUCCCGCCCGCCUGGAGACCCGCAAGGGAAGCUUGGUGGUGGUUGAAGAGAAGGGAGUGGAUUAAAAGUGGAGUGGGCAGCAGAUGGGGACAGCAGCCUCAAUGACAGAAAGCACAUGCUGGACAUUUGGAGACUCCAGGUCUACAGCCCUUAGAGACACAGAGCAGUUCGGAGCCCCAGUAGCGGAAGACUUGUCCUGUUGCCACCAUGAGCUCUGAAUGUGACGUUGGUGCUUCUAAAGCUGUGGUCAACGGGUUGGUGCCAGGCAGCAAUGGGCAGGACAAAGCAACUGCCGACCCUUUACGUGCACGCUCUAUUUCUGCUGUUAAAAUAAUUCCUGUGAAGACAGUGAAAAGCUCUUCAGGCCUGGUACUCCCUCCAGACAUGGAUCCUACAAAAAUCUGCACUGGGAAGGGAGCAGUGACUCUCCGGGCCUCGUCUUCCUACAGGGAAAUCCCAAGCAGCGGCCCCACAAGCCCUCAGGAAACCCCGAAACAUGAAAGCAAACCAGUUCUGGACUCAGAGACUCCCUCAGCAGAUGAGUGGAGGCUUUCUUCCAAUGCUGAUGCCAAUGGAAACGCCCAGCCCUCCUCACUUGCUGCCAAGGGCUACAGAAGUGUGCAUCCCAACCUUCCUUCCGACAAGCCCCAGGUUCUUUCUCCUCCUCGGGCUCCUCUCCCUAAAGAAGACCGCUUUGCAUGGCAGCGUCCCCCUAUCCACAGUAUCACCAAGGACUCCCUCUACCUGAGCUCACCAAAGCCUUACAUGCCCCCCAGCACCCCGUGCCAGCAGAGGCCCUCACGACCCCAGCCCAUCCCCGUCUCCCUGGCAGCCAGAUCCGCUCCCAAAGGUGUGCCGUGUCCUGGGCCCUCGCUUCCAGGUUCCACGUUCCCCAGUGCUUCCUCCCAACCCCGGCACCACCGUGUGGCCACCAGGACAGUUUAUAGUGAGAAUGUGAGCUCUAACCCACGUCAUGAGGCAGAUGGGAAUAAAAAGGUCAGCAGCUUAUAUGUACCUUGUUUAGCCAAUACCAUCUGCCGGGUGGCAGCGGAAGACGCCUCUCGCGUUGCACGUGACCCAGCCACGGGCACUCCCUUGGAAGCUGCAGGCGCUCGCGCACCAGCUCCCAGCAUUGUCUCCCGCACAGCCGGCACCGGAACGCCACCCUCUGCUCCCCCUGGCCCUCCCCAGCUAUUCUUUGACAUCCGUAAAGAUGCCGCUAACCGGGGCGCGAGUCCUUCCCUGUGCGCUCGGCCUCCGUUCCCAGACGCGGCGAGACCACCUGUGCUAGGCCCCCAGCUUUCCUCUGCUCCCGAAAACCGGAAGAGAAAAGAACCUUACCUUUUGCAGCCGUGUUAUCCAGCCAAGGAUGCCACUUUCUCCAGUUCAGCCCAGCCUGAGAUUAUAGUUGUCCCUCUCUACCUGGUUAAUACUGACAGAGGGCAAGAAGGCACAGCCAGACCUCCAGCAUCUCUGGGGCCACUUGGCCCCCCAGGCCCGGCGACCGCCCCUGCCGGCUCACCUCUGACCUUCCCGACUCUAGAUGAUUUCAUUCCCCCUCGUCUGCAGAGGCGGUCCCACCACAGCCAGCCAGCCAGCGCUCCUGGCCCCCACCCCCCCGUUAGCCAGACACCACCAUCCUUCUCACCACCUCCUCCGCUGGUCCCUCCAGUACCGGAGGGCCUCCGCAGAGCCUCGGAGCCUGACCUCACGGGAGCUGUUUCAAGUACCGAUUCAGGUCCUCUACUAAAUGAAGUUUCUUCAUCCCACGUUGGAACCGAUCCCCAGAUCUCUGCACCAGUUAGCAAGCCAUCAUCUGCCUACCCUUCUACGACAAUUGUCAAUCCUACUAUUGUACUCUUGCAACACAAUCGAGAACAGCAAAAACGACUCAGUAGCCUUUCAGAUCUUGUCUCAGAAAGAAGAGUGGGGGAGCAGGACUUGGCACCCACCCAGGAGAAACCCACCUCGCCUGGAAGGGCUACUGAAAAAAAGGCAAAGGAUGACAGGCGGGUGGCUAGGAGCGCUCAGGACCUGAGCGAUGUUUCCAUGGAUGAAGUGGGCAUCCCACUCCGGAACACCGAGAGAUCAAAAGACUGGUACAAGACCAUGUUUAAACAGAUCCACAAACUAAACAGAGACACUCCUGAAGAAAACCCUUAUUUCCCUACGUACCAAUUCCCCGAACUUCCUGAAAUCCAGCAAAAUUCUGAAGAGGACAGUCCUUACACUCCUACCUACCAGUUUCCAGCAUCUACUCCUAGUCCUAAAUCUGAAGAUGAUGAUUCAGAUCUGUACUCACCUCGGUACUCCUUUUCUGAAGACACAAAAUCUCCCCUUUCUGUGCCUCGCUCAAAAAGUGAGAUGAGCUGCAUCGAUGGUGAGAAGGUGGUUAAGAGGUCGGCCACGCUUCCCCUCCCAGCCCGCUCUUCCUCACUGAAAUCAAGCCCAGAAAGAAACGACUGGGAGCCCCCAGAUAAGAAAGUGGAUACAAGGAAAUACCGUGCAGAGCCCAAAAGCAUUUACGACUAUCAGCCGGGCAAGUCUUCUGUUCUGACCAACGAAAAGAUGAGUCGGGAUAUAAGCCCAGAAGAGAUAGAUUUAAAGAAUGAACCUUGGUAUAAAUUCUUUUCGGAAUUGGAGUUUGGGAAACCGCCUCCCAAAAAGAUAUGGGAUUAUACUCCUGGAGACUGCUCUAUCCUUCCUAGAGAGGAUAGAAAGACUAAUCUAGAAAAAGAUCUCAACCUCUGCCCAGCAGAGUUAGAGGCACACUUAGGAAACACGGAGAUACUUAAUAAAGCACCCAGUGCAAACUUGUCCCAGAGCUCGGCAGUCAGCCCCAGCCCGGAAAUUUCUUCAGAGCUUCCUGGAUAUAUCUAUUCUUCCAACUUCCACGCGGUGAAGAGGGAAUCAGAUGGGGCUCCCGGGGAUCUCGCUAGCUUGGAGAACGAGAGGCAGAUUUAUAAAAGCGUCUUGGAAGGUGGAGACAUCCCUCUCCAGGGCCUGAGUGGGCUUAAGCGACCCUCCAGCUCAGCUUCCACUAAAGAUUCAGAAUCACCAAGACAUUUUAUACCUGCUGAUUAUUUGGAAUCCACAGAAGAAUUUAUUCGGAGGCGUCAUGAUGAUAAAGAGAAACUUUUAGCGGACCAGAGACGGCUUAAGCGUGAGCAAGAAGAGGCCGAUAUUGCAGCUCGUCGCCACACAGGCGUCAUUCCGACACACCAUCAGUUUAUCACUAAUGAGCGCUUUGGGGACCUCCUCAAUAUAGACGAUACGGCCAAAAGGAAAUCUGGGUCAGAGAUGAGACCUGCCAGAGCCAAAUUUGACUUUAAAGCUCAGACCCUGAAGGAGCUUCCCCUGCAGAAGGGGGACAUCGUGUACAUCUACAAGCAGAUUGACCAGAACUGGUAUGAAGGAGAGCACCACGGCCGGGUGGGGAUCUUCCCACGCACCUACAUCGAGCUUCUUCCUCCUGCUGAGAAGGCUCAGCCCAAGAAGUUGGCCCCAGUGCAGGUUUUGGAAUACGGAGAAGCUAUUGCUAAGUUCAACUUUAAUGGUGAUACACAAGUAGAAAUGUCCUUCAGAAAGGGUGAGAGGAUCGCGCUGCUCCGACAGGUGGACGAGAACUGGUAUGAAGGGAGGAUCCCAGGGACGUCCCGGCAAGGCAUCUUCCCCAUCACCUACGUGGACGUGAUCAAGAGGCCCCUGGUGAAAAACCCCGUGGAUUACAUCGACCUGCCUUUCUCCUCCUCCCCGAGUCGUAGUGGCACCGCGAGCCCACAGUUUGCCAGUCACAGCAAGCUCAUCAUGCCAGUCCUCUCAUCCCUGCCCCACCCCCACCGAGCCCUGUCCCCUGAGAUGCACGCUGUCACCUCCGAGUGGAUCUCCCUGACUGUUGGGGUCCCAGGCAGGCGGCCUCUGGCCCUGACUCCACCCCUGCCUCCUCUGCCAGAGACUUCUAUCUAUAACAUCGACCACCUUGCCUCGUGGGUGAGGCCCGGCUCCUCUCUCUCUCUCAGCCUUCCCCAUUCGAGCUGGGCUGAUCAUUCCACCCCACGCUCAAUGGCUUCCCCGCUGGCCCUGCCUCCCCCCCACAAAGCCGCCUCCUUGGCACCCAGCGCCCCCACCUCCCUUCACGUCAACGGGGACAGUGGUGUCCACGUGCCACCCCCAGGUGUCCGCCAGGAUAGCUUCUCACAGCUGCUGCCGGGGAGCUCUGAUAGGGUCAUCUCGGAGCUCAGCAACGCCUUUAGCAGCCAGGGUAAGCGGCAGCCAAGGCGAGAAGAGCGCGGACAGUAUGAGAGGAGAGCAGAGCGGGAGGCAGGUGAGAGAUACCCUGGAGCACCCAAGAUCUCUAAGAAGAGCUGCUUGAGACCUUCAGACGUGGUCAGGUGCCUGAGCGCGGAACAGAGACUCUCAGAUCUCCACGGCCCCGAGGAGAGCCGGCCUGGCAAGCCCCCGGGUAGCCCUUUUCCGGGAAGGGAGGCUGAGCAGACAGAGCUGCAUAGAGGUGGCGAGCAGGCUGAGAGGAGGGCCGCUCGGAGUGCUGUGAGCCAGCCUUCUCAUCAUUCAUUGAGAGCAGGACCUGAUCUCACAGAAUCUGAAAAGAGCUAUGUGGUAUCCCCUUCUGACAAUAAAUCAUCUUUAAUCAUUUCUCAGCAACCUCAAGCCCAGCAGCGAAGAGUCACCCCAGACAGGAGUCAAACCUCACAAGAUUUAGUUAGCUACCAAGCCUUAUAUAGCUAUAUGCCACAGAAUGAUGAUGAAUUGGAACUCCGAGAUGGAGAUAUUGUCGAUGUCAUGGAAAAAUGUGAUGACGGAUGGUUCGUUGGUACUUCAAGAAGGACAAGGCAAUUUGGUACUUUUCCAGGCAACUAUGUAAAGCCUUUGUAUCUAUAAGAAGAUUGAAAAACCAGAGAUUAUUUUUAUUGGAGGAUGAAGCAUAAUUCAUGAACUGGUCUCUUUAUUUAAACAUUGAGUCAGUAGGAAAACUAAUGCAGUGGAUAAAGUAAGAAGCAAAAGAGAGGGACAGAGAAGUGUUGUGUCCAAAGCCUGAGCCUGUCUACGCUUACAGUGUCUCAGGCAAGCCGAACUGAGGAAAAAGGAAUGAGACAAAUCUGUAUUUACUUAGCUGCUUCUGGGAGCCACUCCAAGCCUUCCCUGCCUCUUCCCUUCUUGGGUAAUCUGACCUGUACCCCAGUCCAGGAUCAGUGAGGUCAGAGAUGCCUCUUGCUGCCCUGGCCUUGAUCAGCUGUGGCUCAAAGAGGUCACGUAGCCAGAAGCAGCCCUCAGAGCACCAAGCGGAUCCCCAUUCUCCACAGGCUCCGCACCCCAGCCACCCCAGAGCCCACCGGUUUCCUAACAUGGCUGGAGAGAUGCCCGGGCUGCCAAGGCCAUCCCUGGACAGUGGCGGGGGCCCCCAGGCUGUCCAAGACCAUGUGCCUCUGUCCUGGGGUACGUGGGGAAAUGGAAGCAGAGAGGAGGUGCCCUGCUCAUGUAGCCUGCAUGCAGCAUUGCCCUCGACGCCCCUGCUGUUCAGGCAGAAAAGCACAUGAGGUUUGCCCAUGGGACUGGGGUGCCCGGGUCAGGUAGUUAAAUUUGUGUUUCCAAGUGAUGAAGUUAAGUUCUGUAGCUGUCAAGGUCACUUGCAACAUGGUUCCUUUCCCAUAUCACCGACUUUUAUAAGUGGUCACUUUCGGCACAAUUUCAUUUACCAGAAUGCCAGUGCUCACCUUUCUUUUCUGGAUUGUUUUUGGCCAGGGCGGUUUGAGGUCACUGAGCCUGUUCUCACAGAGAACCAAGGAUGGCACUCAGUGAAUCAUUUAAUAGACACUGAUGCACACUGGAUGCUGGGGCCGCCAAUGAGCAGGACGUGCUCCACACUUAGACUCACUGCGUCCUCGUGUUUACUCCCCGCAGCAGUUCAGGGAGCACCCAACGCUAGUCGCCCGGGAUCCCAAAUCCCGACGCACCCUGGUGAGGCCUCUCUUCAGAGCAGAAGGCACACAGGCAGUGGCCCUCCGUGCAAGGCAGCGAUUCUGCCACUCCCGGGGGAUGGGGGGCUCUGUCCCCUGUGGGGCCACAUCUGAGGAGGGAAGCCCCUGUGACACCCCGGGCGCUCAGGCACAACUCCAUUCAAUUCAAGGAUGUUUAUCAGCCUCCCUGUUAGACCCCUUGAAGAAGCAGGCAAUGGCCCACCCGCCUGCCGGGAUCUCAGAGGUGACUGGAGAGGCAGACGUAGAGAAACAUUGGGUCAAGAGAGACUGUGAUAUGUGCUAAGAAGGGUGAGAGAGAGGAGGAGGUUAUCUUUCCCUGGAGAGACUCUAGAAAGGCUUGUCGUAUUUCUCUCUCCAUUAGCUCACUCUUGAACAGCGAGGCUGCUAGAAGAGCCUUUGUCCAAGGGUAGUUCAUAGUGGAAAUUCUUGGAACUGUUUCCAGAGUCUUCAAACUGUCGUACACAUCCAAAGUCACAAACAGGAGCAGCAGUUCUAGGUAGGUGGGGUGUGUGCAGGAACCCUGGCUCUCUGAACAUAGCUCAGAAUUGCCCCCGGAACUUUGUCCCAAAGUCUGGAGUCUUUACAAGUAGGCGGAGUUUGUCUUCAGUGCCUCGGCCUCACCUUCUGUCUCUGCCAUUCACCUGCCACCCGUCAGCUGCUCAUGCCCCUACCCCCAUCAGACAGCCUCAUUCUCUCCCUGUCCUCCUUUCAAGUCCUGGUCUCAGGAAAGAAACUGCCGCUGACUCCUUCGCACUAGAGUGUAAAUGACUGAUAAGAGGAAUGUGUUACUUCUUCCCAGAGACGUUUGUUUUUAACUAGGACAGAGCAGAGCCUUAACCCCAAGGGAUGAGGCUGUGGAACUAAUGAUGGGGGUAGAGGGUGCCAGGGGCGGCCGAGGAGCUUCCUGGGUAGAAGGAGCCUUUCUGAGAGUCUUGGAAUCAUUCUCCUUGCUUUGGAAGGUCCACUUCACCAUCCCAGGGUGCCGUUUGGCGCUCUCUGAGGGAAUAUAGUACAAGUGCACGUGCGUUUUGCACGACAGCAUUUCGCUCAUUUUUGGAAUGUAACUCCUCUAUUGGCUAACGUGUUUCUUGGUUGUCUUAGAUGCAAACCAUUAAUAACGAUCUUAUUCUAAUAGUUUUUUUUGAGGGGUGCUUCUUAAGUAGGUAAUUUUGAACACCUCUUUAAAUACAGCUAGAAAAUAAAACCAAUUUGUAAAGCCACAUUUGCAUAUGAUGCCAGCCUCACGCAUUUGUAGAUCUCCAGAAACCCAGGUAUGUCUCACCAAUUUGCCCGUCUUUAACAAAAUCAUGUUAAAAUUUGCAUCAAACUUCAGCUUCCUGCGUAUGACUAAACAAGGAACAAAGGUUUCCAAUUGCUCUUUUGUCCUCAUACAUUUAGUAAUAUAAAAUACCUAUUUUUUUGCUGAAAUAUUUAUACAAGUUUAUUAAUAGCGAGUGCAACUAACUGGCACCAUGCCUUGCAACACAUUUUGAUAUAUUCGCCAUGCUUCUCGGUAAAGGCAAGCCCCCAACUACUUUUGCAGUCUCUCUCGGAUCAGUAAAAGAAAAAAAAUCAUAUGCGUAAGAAGUAGGACUGUAAAUAUGUAUAUUUAACUUUGUAUAGCCUAUGUACCUACUUUGUAUAGAAAAAUAAUUUUAAAAAUUUGAACUGAAAGGGGGUAAAAUAAGGAAGUCAUGAAGUUUUUUGCAUUUUUAUUUAAAUGAAGGAAUUCCAAAUAACUCACCUGCAGAUUUUUAGCACAAAAAUAGCCAUUGUAAAGUGUUAAAAUUUCAAAUAAUCAUUCUUUCUGGGAGAGAAGGUAAUUGUUAUCUCAGUUAUAGGGUUUUCUUUUUAAAUUUUAUUUUUGAUUUUCUUUUUUUGCUGUCCUAUUUAUCUACAGUAGGUAUUAAGUUCUUUUGCUAGAAUAGGUUACUACAGAGAAGAUUAUAUUCUGAAAGAAAAAUAACUGACAUAUAUAACCAAUUAAUUUAAAGUGUUGCCAUUUUAAUUACACACGGAGAGCACGUACUAUGCCGACAUAGAUUGUUCUGUUCGUUUAUUUUUCUUUAUUGCCGUGGAUUGAUUUGAUAAAUGGAUGUGUUGAGUUACUACAUUCGCUGUACAUAUUAUUUAAUAAACUUUAUUCAGAAUUGUGUGGCA